AUGUCCACAACCCUCGGAUUACAAUUACAAGGAGAGCUCCAAGCUAGGAAAGAUGCGCCGCGGUUGUACAAGGGUGUAUUCCACGGCGUGGGCGUCAUCUUGAAGAAUGAAGGACCCAAGGGUUUACUACGAGGACUGAGCUGCGCGUAUGUCUACCAAAUGACCCUCAAUGGCUGCCGAUUAGGCUUCUACGAACCCCUACGGAAAACUCUCACCCAAGCCAUCUUCAAAGACGACAAAGUCCAAUCCUUCGGCGUCAACAUCUUCUCCGGUGCAGCAUCCGGCAUCCUCGGAGCAGCCGCAGGAUCACCUUUCUUCCUAGUAAAAACGCGCCUACAGUCCUACUCCCCCUUCCUACCCGUUGGCACACAACACAACUACAAAAACGCCGUCGACGGCAUGCGGCAAAUAUACUCGGGUGAAGGCGUAAAAGGACUAUACAGAGGAGUAGGACCGGCAAUGGUACGGACUGGUUUUGGCAGCUCGGUGCAGCUUCCGACGUACUUCUUCGCAAAGAGGCAAUUAGUGAAGCACUUUGGCAUAGAGGAGGGCAUGCCGCUGCAUAUCGCGAGUAGCACGGCAAGUGGUUUUGUCGUGUGCUGUGUCAUGCACCCGCCGGAUACCGUCAUGUCGCGCAUGACGGUGAAGACGGAAGGUAUUCUGGCCGUGUACAAGGGUUACUUUGCGCAUCUGGCGCGAAUCUUACCACACACUAUCCUCACCUUGACCCUCGCGGAGCAAACCAUCAAGCUCAUGAAGAAAUUCGAAGCGCGGAUACUGUCGUCGGAAGUCGAGGCUAAGAUAUAA